CCGCACUCUACCCCUGGUACCAAAUAUCGCAUGGCACAUUCGGCAGGGAUCACAGUAAGGAGAUGCUGCCCGAAAAUCCGGGGGUCGUGAAGCUUAAGCCUCUUCGAGCGUGACAGCUUACGGCUCCGUGGGGCAAGUGCACUGAUGGAUGCACCACGGUGAUUCACGCCAGGGUCCAGAUUUGGGUGCAUGCCACAUUAAAGGUACGGGAGGCCCUGCGCGAUGGGCCUGCCCCCGAGCGGUCCCAUUGAUCUCGAAAAGAUAUCCGUCAAUUGGCAAGUACAACCGUGGCUCGAAGGCCAUUUCGCAUUCUUUGCGUCGCCCGUCAUGAAUUUCGACAAGUAUGAGAACGACCAUUACAUGGUCGAGAAUAUCGGGCCACACAGUCUUGAUCUGCAAAAACAUGCGGAAGUCGAGGUCAAGAUUAUCAGAGGAAAUGAAGCCUUCAAUGAGGCGAUGAUAAGGGAGCCACCGCGACCUUGGACAUGGCGGACAAUGCAAUUAUAUGCAGCAUGCUUCAUUGGAUUCUUUUGCGCGACCAUGAACGGAUACGAUGGGUCUUUGAUCAAUAACUUACUGGCGAACAAAGCGUUUCUGAAGUACUACCAUGGGGAGAACGCAGGUAUAUGGGCUGGACUUGUCACGUCGAUGUACCAAAUUGGGGGAGUCGUUUCGCUACCAUUUAUUGGACCCGCAGCAGAUACAUACGGAAGACGAUUCGGAAUGUGGAUUGGAUGCGUCUGCAUUAUUGUCGGGAUUGUCAUCCAAGGAGUCGCCAGUCAAGCUGAGGGCGUGAAGCAAUUCAUGGGAGGUCGAUUCUUGCUUGGUUUUGGAGUCAACAUCGCAUCUGCAGCAGGACCGAUGUACGUCGUUGAGGUCUCACAUCCCGCCUAUCGAGGUAUCGUGACCGCUAUCUUCAAUACCUUUUGGUUCACUGGAUCCAUUGUCGCUAGUGGUGUCGCAAGAGGAGGCGCCGACCUUCCAGGAAAUGUAUCAUGGAGACUGAUCGUAUGGAUCCAAAUGCUAUUCGCAUCCAUCAUUUUUGGUGCAGCAUACUUUCUUCCCGAGUCGCCUCGAUGGCUGUAUGUCAACGGUAAGCAACAGCAGUCUAAGGACAUGCUCACCAAGUUUCACGGUGAAGGAAAUCCAGAUAGCGAGUGGGUGAAGUUGCAGUUGAAUGAAUACGAGGAAUUGCUUGAAAUGGACGGAGCAGAUAAGCGCUGGUGGGACUAUAGAGCUCUGUUCAAGAACAAGUCAACUUGCUACAGAUUAUUCUGCAAUGUCGCAGUAGUGGUCUUCGGUCAAUGGGCAGGCAACGCUGUGCUCUCCUACUUCAUGAGCAAAGUUCUCGACACCAUUGGCAUCGCCGGCGAGAUCGGUCAAGCAAACGUCAUCCUAAUCAACAACUGCCAACAAUUCGCCUGGGCAUUACUGGGUGCCAACCUAGUCGACAGAAUCGGAAGAAGACCUCUUCUCUUGUUCUCCAACGCUGGUUGCUGUGUUGUCUGGCUCGCCAUGACCGUUUCUGCAGCCGCUUACCAAAAGUCCAUUCCCGAGCCCACGGCCGACAAUCCAAAACCAAUUGGCACGGACAAUGUUGCCGGUACUGUGUGUUUAGUGUUCAUAUUCAUCUUUGGUGCUGUGUAUUCGAUCGGCUUUACGCCUUUACAGGCUCUCUACCCGGUUGAAGUUCUGUCUUUCGAAAUGAGAGCCAAGGGAAUGGGAUUCGCGGGCUUCGCUACUGCUGCUGCUCAAAUGCUCAACCAAUUCGCUUGGCCAGUCGCAAUGGAUAAGAUAGGCUGGCAUACGUACAUCAUAUUCACGAUAUGGUGCGGUGUGCAAACAGCCGUGAUAUUCUUCUUCAUCCCCGAAACGAAGAAUAGAACACUCGAAGAACUAGACGAGAUUUUCGGCUCCUCGCAUCCGGUUAAGGCCUCGAUAGCGAAGAAGAGGUUAGGGUUCGAUGCUUAUGGGGAGGUGGUCAAUAUCCAGGAGAUCUGAACGUCCUCCAUUCGUGUCAACCGAAAAUGGACGUCCGACCAGUGACCGAAAGAAGUCGCUCCUGGGGACGAAGGAGCGAGGUACGAGGAGAAUUCCCAGGGAACGGGGAAUGGGGAAGAGGAAGAGGAAGUAAAAGCAUGGGAUGGGAUGGGGUUUAAUGUCAUGUAUGUAAUUCAUCACAGCGAGGAGCGUAUGGGAGUCAUCGGCGUGAGGUGUUUUCUUGGUUGGGUC